CCAAAUACAAAAUAUGAAGCUAUUAUUCUUCCUUACCAUUUUUACUCUAUCAAAAUGCAGCUACACUCUCGCUAACGCCUCGUAUUUCGCCUUAAGCCUGGAUCUGACUGGAACUUCAGAAGUAACAAAUGUUAUGUUCACUUUGGAGUUCCCUUCGAGUACAUAUCCUAUAGGGAAUUCGGCUUAUAUUACGACUGCUUGUGUAAGGAUGAUGAAUGAUACUUAUUCUACAAUAGCUGAUACGAAUACUUUGGCAGGGUUUGCAAUUCAGUGGGCAUGAAGUUCAAGUUGUCAAACAGUAGCAGAUGUGUAUGCAACGGUGAAGUACUACUCAGGCUACAAUUUCGGCUUCAACCCCACUACCAAUACGUCAAGCACCACAUCUCUCUUAUCCGAAACAAGGAACCUCCCUUACACAUCGUCCUCCAACCACGACCUAAAACAAGUCUACCUGUACCUGACAUCCCUCAGCUCCCAAAACCUAACAUACUUAGGCUUGCCCCAGCCCCAACAAGUAUUCCACUACAGAUGCUAUACUUCCUUCAACCACUCUCUAUCCAUCCCUUUAGACUCGGCUGUUGCUGACUUAGGGACGACAUUAGGAAGUGAAGUUAUGGUUGAGGUGGAAAUUCGGAGCAAAGCUAAUGUAAUUGUGCAGCUUGGGGCAGCGGUUGUGACUGGCGUCUGGUUGUGCCUCUUUUAG